UCUCGCUCAAUGAAGAGCGCGACGGUAUUGAUGGUGGCGGAAAAGCCACUUCUUGCCGAUUCUAUUGCAAAAAUUCUCUCGAACAAUACUGCUUCCAAGCGAAAAGGACGGAACGGAGUGUGCUCAGUCAGCGAAUAUGGAGGCCAGUUUCUGGGGAAACCUGCUUUCUUUAAGAUGACGAGUACGUGUGGGCAUGUCAUGAGUUUGGAUUUCCCGCCCCGAUUCAACAACUGGGAGCGCAUCGAUCCUGUAGAACUAUACUCAGCACCAACGACUAAAAUUGAAGCAAAUCCAAAGAUGCAUAUGAAUGAUUACCUAGCAUUCGAAGCGAAAGGUGCUGAUUAUCUGGUACUAUGGCUGGAUUGUGACAAGGAAGGAGAGAACAUUUGUUUCGAGGUAAUUGAUGCGGUCAGGGAUGCGAUGAAAAGGCCUCAGUACGGUAAUUUCAUGGAUAAUGUGUAUAGAGCCCGUUUUUCUGCAAUCACCGAAAAAGACAUCAAAUAUGCAAUGCAGAACCUCGCACGCCCAAAUCAGAAUGAGGCUCGAGCAGUGGAUGCUCGACAAGAGCUGGAUCUUCGUGUUGGCUGUUCAUUUACGAGAUUCCAGACAAAAUUCUUCCAGAAUAAAUAUGGUGAUCUCGACAGUACUGUGAUAUCAUAUGGACCUUGUCAAACUCCUACAUUGGGGUUUUGUGUCACGCGCCACGAUCAGAUUACUCACUUCAAGCCAGAAUCUUAUUGGGUGCUGCAGUGUAAGUUCGACACCCCUGACGCAACUACUAUCCGGCCAGAAUGGAAGCGUGGUCGAAUAUUUGAUAGGGAUGUAUGUCAGCUUUUCCUGGAUCGUGUCAAGAAAGCCGGUGUGGGGAUCGUGACUGAUAGGACGACAAAGGAAUCACGAAAGGAACGACCGAUAGCUUUGAACACCGUCGAACUCAUGCGUGUGGCAAGCAGUUCUUUCGGCAUCAGCCCUGCUUCAACUAUGAGCGUUGCUGAACAACUGUACACUCAAGGAUAUAUUUCUUACCCAAGAACGGAAACCACUGCGUACCCGCCUAAUUUCGAUCUUGUGGGAACUCUAAAGCAACAAUCUAAUAAUCCUAAAUGGGGAGACGUUGUGAAGAAGGUUCUGAAUGAUGGCAUUCGUAAGCCGAAAGGUGGAGAAGAUAAAGGUGAUCAUCCACCGAUUACACCGAUGAAACCAAGCAACGGGCAGCUCUCCGGAGAUAUGGCGCGUAUUUACGACUAUGUAGUACAGCACUUUGUUGCAACACUUAUGGGUCCUUGCAUUUAUGAUGUCACUACCGUAACAAUCUCCUGUGGCGACGAAAUUUUCCAGUUGACAGGAAAAACCGUCAAGGAUCCAGGAUUCACCGAAGUGAUGACCUGGCUGAAUGUUGAUGACGAUCAGAAGGUGCCAUCGUUGAAUGCAGGAGAUCAAGUUACUCUCAAGGAAUCGAGUCUAUACGCUGGAGAAACGUCCCCGCCAGGCUACCUUACCGAAUCGGAAUUGAUCACGCUCAUGGAGAAGCAUGGUAUAGGAACCGAUGCCUCUAUUCCAGUUCACAUCAAUACUAUCAGCCAGAGAAACUAUGUUACUGUGGAAAGCGGUCGGCGAUUGGUGCCAACACAGCUGGGUAUAUCACUUGUUCAUGGCUAUUGGCGAGUAGACCGAGAGCUUGUUCUGCCGACAAUGAGAGCCGAAGUAGAAACACAACUAAAUCUGAUUGCUCAAGGAAAAGCUGACUAUCACGCGGUCAGAGAUCACGCUCUGGAGAUGUUUCUACAAAAAUUUAUUUACUAUGUGAAGAAUAUUUCCCAGGUUGACACUUUAUUUGAAGCAUCGUUCACAUCGCUUUCGGAUUCCGGCAAACCGUUUUGCCGAUGUGGUAAAUGUAGACGAUACAUGAAACUGGUAGCUACAAGACCACAACGUCUUUUUUGUCCUACGUGCCAGGAAACAUACUCCGUACCGAAUUUCAAAGAUGGAGUUCUUCGACCGUACGGAGAAAAGAAAUGUCCAUUGGAUGAAUUUGAGCUCGUCUAUUGGCAUGGUCCCGGUGGAAAGUUAGCAAGAAGCUUUGCGUUUUGCCCAUUCUGCUACAAUAAUCCACCGUUUGAGUCGAUGAAAGAAGGCGAAGGAUGCCUCAAUUGCCCUCAUCCAGCUUGCCCUCAUUCGUACAUGACAUCUGGAGUGUGCGGCUGCCUUCAGGAAUGUGGAGGUGUUAUGGUAUUGGAUCCCCAAUCUCAUCCCAAGUGGAGAUUGACAUGCAACAGGUGUCCGUCGGUUGUAGCGAUGUUUGAUGGGGCACUUAAAUUCCGCGUUACGGAAUCUUCAUGUCCGGAUUGUGAGGCUCGUAUCGUAAUCGCAGAAUAUAAGGACAAAAGCCCGUUGCCCGAUGAGAAGACCACCUUCAAAGGAUGCAUGUUCUGUGACGAGAGUGUAAAAGACCUCGUCAAUCUGCAUCAUGCCUUCCGAAGUGAAGACGACCGAAUCCGACAGGAUUCCCGACGGGGAGGACGUGGAAGAGGGCGCGGCCGGGGUAGGGGUGCGGCUAGAGGUGUGGCCAGGGGAGGUGGCCGAGGUGCUAAAAAAACCAGGGUUUAA